GUUCUCCAUCCUUCCACCUCCUCGUCUCUACCUCCACCCGCGACCACCCUCUGACGGUCUCUCUAUCCUCCAGCAACGCCGCCCACAUUCUCCAAGAAGAGGCAAAUUCUGCCAAGUCAUCGGACGCCGUCAUCUGCAUCCAGUCCUAGCCUAUCUUGUUAUCUGACCCGCUGUAUCCUGUCGCAUCGCUGUCUAUUUGUCUGUCGAUACUCGCACCCUCCUGUCGUAUCCUCAGAAGUGCAACGAAGUUUUAUUCCACUUCACCUGCCUGAGUCCUGCAAAGAUGCCUGAAGACGAUUUUGACAUUUAUGGGGAGGAUGAGGGGUUCAACUCCACUAAGCCUGUAGAGGGUCUUGAGGAGGAACAAUACGCACCCGACACGAACGAAAUCAAAAGUGAACACCGCUCGAGCUCCCCCGUCACUGGAGAGAAGAGACAGCGCGAAGACGACGAUCAUGAACCUUACGAGCGGGCGAACGGCGGUCAUUCAUCGCCACCCAAGGAGCACGAGAUUCUGUCUGCAUCCGCUGAUACACGGAGCCCCGGAGCGUCUAACAGUUAUCCUGGCGGGACAACACCUGGUGUGCAGUCGGUCAACAGCGGUACAGCUGGACAGGGUGCCUUUGACGCGUUGUACAUCGGUGAUCUGCAAUGGUGGACGACUGAUGAGGACUUGCGGCAAGUGGCGCUCAACGUUGGCGUAUCACUGGACCACAAAGACUUCACCUUCUCCGAGCAUAAGGUAAACGGCAAAAGCAAAGGAAUUUCAUAUGUGGAAUGUCAUAGCUUCGAGAAUGCGUCUGCGCUUAAGAAUUGGUUCGACAACAACGACUUCCAGAACCGCCGAGCCACGGCGAAUUAUACAAGCACGUCACAGGGAAACCCCUUCCGGACGCUGCCCAAAGAGCCUCCGCCGCGUGAGAUGCGCCACGGCGGCGGCCAGAUGCAAGGAGGAUUGGGAAACACCGGACGCGGCGGUGGCAACUUCCGCGGUGGCGGCGCCGCGGCCGCGCAGAACAACAUGGGUAUGGGCGUGCGCGGCGGCAUGAUGGGCAACGGCGGCAUGAUGCGCGGCGCUAUGCCCAACAUGAUGGGCAUGGGAAUGGGUACCAUGGGCGGCAUGGGAGGUAUGGGUAUGGGUAUGGGCGGCAUGGGCGGCGGAGGCAUGGGCAUGGGCAUGGGCGGUAUGGGCGGCGGGCGCGGCGGGAUGAUCCCGCAGGGCCCGCGCGGCAACAUGAUGGGCCGUGGCGGCGGCGGCAUGAUGAAUGGCGGAAUGGGAAUGGGCAUGAUGCCGAUGGGCGGCAGAGGCGGGUUCGGAAACAUGCAGGGGCACUUCAACCCUGCGUUCAUGCAGGGCGGUGGGGGGAGCGGGCACUUUGGGCCGGACGGUCCGAGGAAGAGGUUCAAGAUGGAGGACAGUGCAUGAACAUAGAGCAUACGGAACCACGUCCCGGGCGUGCAGACCUUCGGACAGCUUCAUUCCGCACACACACUUUGCCCUCCCCAUUCGCUCGUCUUAGCUAUCGUGAAGCAUUGUUUCCAUAUUGUAGUCAUCGUACUGUAACUCCCUCGCAGCUCAAUCGCAUCUGGUGAAUUUUCCUAAUUGCAUUUGUCCAU